UAGUUUAUUGGUUGGUAAAUAGAAGUAUAUUAAAAAUAGCACAAAAGCGAGUUUGUAUCUAUAUAAGCCCUUCCCAGUACCUAAAAGCCAGCAAGAGCUGAUUAAGUAAUAAUGGUGUCAUUUGAUAUCCCCAGGAACCUUUUAUUUUACAUCUUUAUUUGCUUAAUGCUGAGUCUGAGCAGUGAAGCAGCAGUUGUUUUCUUAUAUCAUGACUGCAAUCCAAAUACGACUACUUACACUCGGAAAAGCCCAUAUCGUCGAAACCUCAAUAUCCUCCUUUCCUCUUUUCGAUCCAACUCUACUCGCCAAAGUGGAUUCUACAACCUCACCGUCGGCCAAGCCCCUCCGGAUAUUGUUUACGGUCUCUUCCUCUGCCGUGGUGAUGUCACCAAAGAAAUCUGUCGAGAAUGUGUUAGAACCGCUUCUGGCCAAAUACUUCAACGUUGCCCCAACCAGAAAACAGCUUUAGUUUACUACGACGAGUGCACCAUACGUUACUCCAAUAGUUCCUUCUUCUCUGAAUGGGAACAGGAACCUGUUUUGGAACUGCUGAAUACGGGGAAUGUUUCGCAGCCAGAGCGGUUCAUGCAGUUGCUUGGAAACACGAUGAAUGAGGUAGCCACAAGGGCUGCUAAGGGUGACCAGUUGGGGAAAAAGUAUGCCACUCAAGAAGUCAAUUUCACCGCUUUCCAAACACUCUACACGCUUGCUCAGUGCACACCCGAUUUAUCUGUGUCCGAUUGUCAAACCUGCUUAAAAACAGCUAUUACUUAUCUCCCAAAUUGUUGCCUAGGUAAACAAGGGGGCAGAGUUGUAUUUGCGAGCUGUAAUGUCAGAUAUGAAUUGUACCCUUUUUACCGAUUCACAGCGCAACAACUGCCACCGCCACCACCACCGAAACCAGUUCUUCAUUCCCCUCCAGCACUGGAAUCUAAAGGGAAAAACAAGAACUCAUCAACAACUAUAAUCGCCAUUGUUCUACCCGUUGUUGUCUCUGUGGUGAUAUUUGCAGGGGGAUUGAUCUGUAUUCUUACUAGGAAAUCCAAGAAGUACGAUGCUGUGGAACAAGAAAAUGGAAAUGAUAUUACGACAAUGGAGUCCUUGCAAUUCGAUUUCAGUACAAUUGAAGCUGCAACAAACAGGUUUUCGGUUGAUAACAAGUUGGGAGAAGGUGGAUUUGGACCGGUUUACAAGGGCAAACUUCCUAAUGGACAACAAAUAGCUGUGAAAAGGUUAGCAGUGAGCUCCAGCCAAGGUCUGGAGGAAUAUAAGAAUGAGGUUGCAUUGUUAGCCAAGCUUCAACAUCGAAACCUUGUGAGGCUAUUGGGAUUUUGCUUGGAAGGAGCUGAAAAAUUACUGGUCUACGAAUUUGUCCCCAACAAGAGCCUGAACUAUUUUCUAUUUGAUCUUGAAAAACAAGGAGAACUAACUUGGACAAAGAGAUACAUGAUAAUUGGAGGAAUAGCUCGAGGGAUUCUUUAUCUUCACGAGGAUUCUAGACUUAAAAUCAUACAUCGUGAUCUCAAAAUUAGCAACAUUUUACUCGACAAAGAUCUGAAUCCCAAAAUUUCAGAUUUUGGCAUGGCAAGAAUUCUUGGAGUUGAUCAAUCUAAGGCCACCACAAAUAGAGUCGUUGGAACAUAUGGUUAUAUGCCUCUAGAAUAUGCUAUGCAUGGACAUUUUUCUAUCAAAUCCGAUGUUUACAGUUUCGGAGUCAUAAUUUUAGAGAUUAUUACCGGAAAAAAAAGCAGUAAUUUCCAACAAUCAGAUGAAGAUGAGGACCUCUUAAGCCAUGUAUGGAAACACUGGAAUAAUGGAACACCAUUGGAGUUGUUAGAUCCAAGUUUGGGAAAUUCGUAUUCUAGAAUUGAAGUGAUUCGAUGCAUCCACAUCGGUUUGCUAUGCGUUCAGGAAGAUCCAAGCCAGAGACCAACAAUGGAAAAUAUAGUUCUCAUGCUUAAUAGCUACACUAUUACUCUUGUAGCACCUCAACGUCCAUCAACAUUCCUUAUCCCUACCACUGACUCCAAUUUUACAGCAAAUGAACUGGUAUCGUAUCAAUCCGAUCCAAGCAAGUCAAUUCCAUGGUCUGUAAAUCAAGUUUCCAUUUCUGAUAUGGAUCCUCGAUAGGGCUGAGACUUGGAGAGUACUACAACCAAUCACAAAAUGUAAUAUUAAAGUUAUAAAUUUGGUCCAUGUAUUUUUAAAUUUUCAAUUAUAACCUAAUUUAUAAUAGUUAAAUCAGUUAAGUCAAAUUUGUUAUUAGUCUGUUACUAUGUAGAUUAAGUCAUUAUUUUUCAAUUUGAUCUUUUGAUCUUUUAUAAUUUUUAAACUUGAAAUUUUAGUCCUGAUUUAAACGA